GCGAGUAAGUCAGCAGUCAUGGACAGGUACGCAGGCCGCGUCGCUCUGGUCACAGGCGCCAGCGUCGGCAUCGGGGCAGCCAUCACCCAAAGUCUGCUCCGGCACGGACUCACCGUGGUGGGACUGGCUAGGAGAGUCGACAAGGUCAAGGCACUGGCACUAAAAGAUGCUCCUGGAAAGUUGUACGCUCUAGAAGGUGAUGUCAGCAACGAGAAAAGCAUCCUUGCUGCUUUCAAAUGGAUUAAGGACAAUCUGAAAGGUGUCGACAUCCUCAUUAACAACGCUGGACUUGUCGUAGAGAGCGACCUAUCAUCCGCACCUACGGAAUCGUGGAAGCGCAUGCUGGACGUGAACGUGCUGGGACUGUGUAUCUGCACCAGGGAGGCCGUGCAGGACAUGCUGAGCAGGGGCGUUGACGACGGCUUCAUCAUCCACAUCAGCAGCUUAACUGCACACCUGCCAGCGUUCGGAACAGAAACCGCCAUGUACUCUGCCACCAAGCACGCCGUCAACGUGCUGCUCGAAGGCCUCAGGAAGGACCUCGUCGCCAAAAAGAGCAAGAUUCGCGUGGGGGCAGUUUCUCCGGGCACUGUGAAGACAGAGCUGCUAAACAACGGGAAAUUCUGGCCUAAAGACCUUUACGAUAGAGCCCCGUACAUGGAACCAGAGGAUGUAGCAGAAGCCGUGGUUUACAUGUUAUCCCAGCAUCCUCGAGUACAGGUUCAUGACAUCGUUUUACGUCCAAACGGUAGUGCUGCAUAAGGACAAUAAUAGUGGAGAAUUACAGAUGUUGCUAUUGUAGUCCUGCUAUUAAUAAAAUUGUCUGAAAAGACGAAGAAUUAGUAACGCUUUGUGAUGCUGGAUCUUCGUGAACUGUGUCGUUAUAAAACACAUUGACAUAAUACAACAAAAAUACAGUUGUAUUCUGAAAUCUGCUUAUUCCACGUUUACUAUCUUACGUGGAACAUAUUGAAGCCCUUGUACGUGUUUCAUGCUUUUGUUUCACAGAAUGCCUGUCAUUUGUGUGGUUGUCAAAGAUGAAAACGUUUCGUAUUACGCUGUAUGAGUGGAGUUGUGCUAUGUACAAAA